AAAUAGACAUAUUUGAUAAAGCAUCGUAAUAAAAAUGCAUAUUAUACCUAUAACCCAAAUAAAUAUUACCAAAAAUUAACUAUCCAUUUAUAAUCUCAACCCUCAAGUUAUUAAAGGGACGGAGCCCCUGAAAACCUCGUCAGUUUCCCUUUUCCGAGUUCCUCUUCUCACCCUAAACCCUACAGAGCAUAAACCCUCGAGAAACCGCCAUAGCCAAGAGAGAAUGGAUCACGUCGCAGCAGCUUCACAGGCGGCUCUUCAGCAGCAGGCUCAAGAGAGAAUGAAGCGGAAGCUCGAUGAAGUCAACUCAACAAUUCAAGCGCAGCUCCACCCCGUCACUGACCAUAUCAAUUUCACACUCCAGCAAGCGUACUUCAAGUGCGCGUACGAAUGCUUUGAUAGGAAGAGGAAGCAGGAAGAGAUAGCGAGCUGUAUUGAGAAUUGCUCCGUGCCAGUUCUUACUGCCCAGCACAAGUACGAGGACGAGAUGGCUAAGUUUCAGGAGAGGAUGAGGCGGUCUUUUAUGGUUUGCCAGGAUAAGUACGAAGCAGCUAUGCUCCAAACAGCUGGACCAGACGCCAUGAACACCUUGGAGUCUUGUGUCGAUGGAGCAGUCAAAGAUAAUACAAGCUUGAUUCCACACAUUGUCAGAAAGUUGAAAACAUCGAUCUAGAUCAGAGACGAGAUGUAGCAAGUGAACACAUGAUCAUAAUUCAUAACAGACACCCCUCAUUUCCAGCAGCAGGAAAUUUCUGAAUAUGGUUUUAGGAAGCGAAAAGGCGAUAUACGUGUGAAUCGCCCUGUGAUGAGCAGUCAUUUUGUAGUUAAAUGAAACACGAUUUACAGUAAUUGCAGAUUUUCAAUGUACUUCUGCUUUGACACUUUGAGCACAAUGCCAUGAAGGCAAAUGGAUUUGUCGAUUGUGCUGAAGGGAAUGUGAAGGUUGUAUACUUAAGAGUUCAAUUCAUUUUCCAUUAGCUAGUGUUGAUUCUUGAACAGGUGCUGCUCUUUAUCCUGUCAAGGUCUUCAAGUACUUGGUUUUAUUUUCAUGUGGAAAUGGUUUCUGGGUUAACUUGAAAAUGAAAAAUUAGUGGGAAAGUAUAUUGCAUUUCGUUUAGAUUAGGUCCGAUCCAAUUUGGUUUCGUUCGUUUUGCCUUUACUUUUUAGAACAACUAAGUUGGUUUAUAUACGAUUAAUCGAUUCAGUCGGAUUUGAUUCUGGGUCAGAUACCAUAAAGCCGGUCUGGAAGAUUGUCACUAAGAUUGGGGUUGGUUUUAGAAAAAUGAAAAGUAUGGACUCAGGAGUCCAUGACUGGAACAAUGUGAUCCAUUUCUUUUCCAAGAAGAGGUUUAUUGGUGACGUUGAGAAGGCUCUGAAGAAGAAUGCAGCAACGUUCCAUUCGAUGGUGACUGUUUAUGCAGCUGACGGAGGAAAGUAUAUUGAAGUGACUGAGAGCUCUGGGGAGAGAUGAAGUCUAUUGCCCGAGCUAAUGAGGUUACGGAUUCAAUGGAGGAGAAGAUGUCCAUAAGACAAGUAUAGAGCACACUUCUUGAAGUACCAUAAGACAAUGUACAAGGAAAAGGCUCUCAAGUUUCAGACAGAAUCCCAGGAGAAGAAGAGGGAGACGGCUUUUGCUUUCAAGAAGUGGGUUAGGUUUGGAUUGAAGCUUAGGUUACAAGGCAGUUCAAAAUUUUGUACCAUAGAGUUAUGCAAUCAUGCCUCUUGCUCCACCCUCAUCAAACUUAUGACAAAUGUUGUCCAUACCCAGUCAAUGUGGAGAAUCUUGCGUUGAUUACGGGAACGGUCAGAUGAGCACUUCUACUAUACUAUAUAGCAUUGGUGCUUUAAUGUACAACUUGAAGUUGUACCAUAACAUUAAAUGUAUAAGUUUAGGUUGUACCAUAAAGGAAUUUGUAGCAUUAUGUUAUGGUACAAUUCUACAACUUGAAGUUGUUCCAUCACAUAAAGUACAAGUUUAAGUUGUACCAAAAAAGAAUUUGUACAAAAAGUAUAGGUACAAUCUGAAGCUGUACCAUAAUGUCAAACGUACAAUUUCAAGUUGUACCAUAAAGGCAAAAACCUAUAGCACCAAUGCUAUAUAGCAUUGUAAAAUUCCUCACGGUCAGAUACCCGCAAUCAUCGCAUUUUGCUCAUACCCGCUCCAUACCCAGUUAAUGUGGAGAUUCCAACGUUAACUAUGUUGGGAUACCCACCGAUCAUGGGUUUGGUUGUCAUUCUUGUUAAGGCGGUGUGACUAUUUUUUUCUCUCUUUCCAUAAUAGUGUUAGGGUGGCUACUGGCUAAUCAAUUAUAUCUAACCUCUUUACAUGGAUAUGCAAACUGGUAGUGAUUCGAUUUCAAACAAACAUGUAAAUAUUAGAGUUCAAAACAAAUUAUGAGUCGUCCCAUUAGUAAACUCCAUUUUAGGUGCAAGUACCAAUCCCCAUAAUUCUGCGGUUAGCAAAUUACUAUCAUUGGGAAGGCCUCAAAAGAAAUCAUGCCUUCACAAUUAGUAAUUAAAUAAACAGUAAACCGAAUG